GUGUUUGGAAAGGUGUUAAAAGGAACCCCAACUAAGAUUUUUGCAAUCAGUUCGAGCGGAACCUCGACCCUUGAUAGUUAGUCCGCUUAGUUCUUCAGGAAGAGUCAUGGAUCGUCGCAGUGAAGUGUUACUUAGAGUGAUAUCAAUAAUAGUGUGUGGUUUAGGGGUUGUACGAUGUGAUUCGUUCUAUUGUGAUCCCGAACUUUGUAGAUUUUGGAAUGGGACGGAUUAUAACUAUGAAGACCACAUAGCAUGCGGAAACAAUGGUUCCUUAUCGGAGGAUUGUCCUGAAGGCGCUACCAUGGUUAACAUGAGUCAGCGGCGUAUAAACCUUCUAUUGGAUCUCCACAAUGCUGCAAGGAAUAGAAUAGCUUUGGGUAAAAUUGAGGACUAUUUGCCAGCUGAGAGUAUGCCUAUUCUGAAGUGGGAUCGCGAGUUGGAGUACAUUGCGAGUUUGAAUGUGAAAACGUGCAAAUUUGCUCAUGAUGGCUGUCGGAAUACUUAUAAAUACCCGUACUCAGGACAAAACAUCGCUAUUAGCACUCAAAAUCCUCCAUUCCAUUCGAAUUCAAAACGAAUGAAGAAGGCUGUUGCCAGAUGGUUCUACGAAUAUGUCGACGCAAAUCAAACAUUCAUCGAUGAAUUUAGUGGUCAUCCAGAAGGUAAACAAAUUGGUCAUUUCGCCAUGAUGGUUGCUGAUCGAGCUAAACGCGUUGGCUGUGCUGCGAUUCGAUACUGGCUUGGUGAAAAAGGUCUGGCAUUCCUGAUGACAUGCAAUUACGACUUCACUCCAAUCUACACCGAACCUAUCUACAAAACAGGAGAACCAGCCUCAAAAUGUUCCAAGACUAGCGAGAAAUUCACAGGACUCUGUGAAUGGGAUGAAGAUUACGAUACCAGCGAAGAGAGUAACGAAAUAUUCGGUAAUGAAAUAGAUAGUGUCCCUUCGUUGUUGUAGGAAUACAAACUUUGCUGCCAAUUAGGUUAAGAUAGAAUUUAUUGAACAAGUUGCGUUUGUUGCAAUGUAAUUAAAAGUAUUAUAUUUCCUAGACUUGUAAGCCGUUGAAAUCAUGUUAACAAUAAAUUUUUAUUUUAAAUGCAAA